GGUGGGGCUGGGCCCCGGAGCCGGGGAGAAAAACGGCCCGGCAGAGGAAGGCUCACUGUCCAGGGUGCGGAGAGCCGCGGGAAGUGGGGUUCUGGCACGGAGCCGGCUCUUCCCUACGACUGUAGCACCUCACCUCCACAUCCCAGUCCAGGAUGCCGCCCCACAAGAUCGGGACUGAGGCCCAGAUCGUGCAGUUCACCAACUGCCGCAUUCUGCGCGGCCACGAGCUGAUCUGGGAGGACCUGUGGAUUCGAGAAGGCCGAAUCCUGGAUCCAGAGAAGCUUUUCUUUGAGGAGAAGAAAUCAGCUGAUGUGAAGAAGGACUGUGAGGGCCACAUCCUGGCUCCAGGCUUCAUUGAUGUUCAGAUAAAUGGUGGAUUUGGGGUGGACUUCUCCCUGACCCAUGAAGAUAUAAGUGCAGGGGUUGCUUUGGUUGCCAAGAAUCUCCUGGCUUAUGGGGUUACUUCGUUCUGCCCAACCCUGGUCACCUCACCACCUGAUGUUUAUCACAAGGUCCUUCCUCAGAUCACUGUGAGAAAUGGUAGCUCCAAAGGAGCAGGGGUUCUUGGGGCACAUGUAGAAGGACCAUUCAUUAGCCAUGAGAAACGGGGGGCACAUCCUGAUUCCCAUCUCCGCACUUUUGAGGGUGAUGCAUUCCAGGAAUUGUUGAAAACCUAUGGAUCCCUGGACAACAUUGCCAUCAUCACCCUGGCCCCUGAACUUAAAAGAAGUCAUGAGGUCAUCAAGGAACUCACUUCCCGUGGCGUCUGUGUGUCCGUGGGUCACUCUGUCUCUCACUUGAAGGAGGCUGAAGAAGCAGUCCGGAAUGGGGCCCGUUUUAUCACCCACCUCUUCAAUGCCAUGCUGCCUUUUCAUCAUCGUGAUCCUGGCAUUGUGGGUCUUCUGACUAGUGAUCAGAUCGCACCAGAACAGCAAGUUUUCUUUGGAAUGAUUGCAGAUGGUAUCCACACACAUCCUGCUGCCCUAAGGAUUGCACACCGUGCUCAUCCCAAAGGGCUCGUGCUGGUCACUGAUGCCCUUCCUGCCUUGGGCUUGGGCAAUGGUCGCCACACAUUGGGUCAGCAAGAAAUCGAGGUAGAUGGGCUGAGAUGCUGUGUGGCAGGUACCAACACACUUUGUGGCAGUGUGGCCUCAUUGGAUACUUGUGUCCGGCACUUUCUCCAAGCCACAGGCUGCAGUGUGGAGACGGCACUUGAGGCUGCAACCUUGCACCCAGCCCAGCUGCUAGGGAUAGAAAAACAAAAGGGGACCUUGGACUUUGGCUCAGAUGCAGACUUCGUAGUCCUCGAUGACUCUCUGAAUGUCAAGGCCACAUACAUUGCAGGAGACCUGGUGUGGAAAGACAAGACUUUCAGUCACUGAUGGGCUGGAGCCAGAAGACUUUGCUCAGCCCUCAUCUAGAUGCUGCAUCUACAUCGAGGUUGGCAGCUUCCUUGGGGUCUUAAAUAUCUGAGGAGACAGAAGUUCCAGGCCCUUCUAGACCCUGCACUUGGAGGAAUACUGAGCCCAAGUCUUGGACUGAGACAUGGACUCCAUGGGAGGGCCUCUUCUGUAGUCUCCUCCUACUCCCCAAAAUAAAAUGGAUACUCCUACAACUCCUUGCUCCAUGAAGAACCAUGAUGGGUAUUGAUGGGACCUUCGAUGAUCAAGCCCCGUCUCUCUUUAAUCAACAACUCUGAUGAACAUGCACCUUACA